CUUCUGUUUGGACAGCUGCAACCACUGCCAACAGAUAACCGCCAUCAGUGGAGGAAAGGAGAGGUCUGCGUAAUAAGCGCCUUUCAUCGAGAAUAACAGAGCCUGGAGUUCGUCAUUCGCACAAUCAUCCCACACAGUCACGUCUCGCAUCGGUUAGCCAUGUCAAGCAUUUUCACAAAACGACUGACAAAAGAGUUGCGGGAUUUACAAGCCAACCCACCAAUGGGAAUAACUGUUCAAACGGCUGAGGAUGAUCUCAAAUGCUGGCGGGUAACGGUCCGAGGGGCAGAGGGGACACUAUAUGAAGGAGAGACAUUUGUUUUACAGUUCAAGUUCAACAACAAUUACCCACUUGAGUCGCCAGAGGUGGUAUUUGUAGAUAACGUGCCGAUACAUCCACACAUAUAUAGCAAUGGCCAUAUCUGCUUGUCCAUCCUUUACGACCAGUGGUCACCUGCGCUUACUAUAAGCUCAGUAUGCCUAUCAAUUUUGAGCAUGUUGAGCAGUGCAACGAAAAAGGAGCGACCUCCAGAUAAUGCAAUGUAUAUAUUGACCGCGAAGAAGAGUCCAAAGAGUACAACAUGGGCCUUCCACGAUGACAGUGUAUGAUAUACGUGGUUGAUCACUUACGGCACCGGACGAUGCCCUUUGUAUAUUGAUGAUGAAGGGAUGUAGAGGUCGCUGAUAAUACACGAAUGAAAAAUGCUGACAGGACAAUGUUGCAAUGUUUGGUUGGAUUAAUUUGAGUUGGGGCUUUAAUUGGCCACAUCAAGACAUUUUCAACAUUGAUCCACUUGGAGGGGGUGGAGAUGUCGGGAACGGGCGAAAAGGACCAAUUUGCUCUGCGGGUUCGUUGGGUAAUGGCGUUUGCUGGCAAGGACGGUGCAGACAUUCUGCGAAAAUUGUUAUGGAACAGAUUCCGGGCGGCCGCGAGAAAGCCAACAUCAUAAUAUAAAAUUAUUCCAUC